AUGGCGUUGAAACUUUCUAUUGAGCCUUUGGCCUCCUGCGUCCCCUCCAAGCGACGGUUGGAAUCGGAUUUCGAUAUGCUGCCAGUCUCCAAGGUAACUGUUGGGCCAUCUGAUCGGAUCCAGAGAGAUGUUUCUUCCAUCGGUACUCCGAAACCUUUGGGUGAUGUUGAAACAAAUACCUUCUCUCUCGAUUCUGUUUACGAUUUCACACCUUCCUCUGAACUGAGCCCUAUACAAGAGGAGCCAGCUGAGUCCUCGGGCAGUACACCACAUAAAUUUCUUGCCUCAGAUCCUCGAGUUCCAGACUCCGAGCCAAACACCUUACCCUUCUUAUUUGAUGACGGCUCGCUUGAAUGGAACGCGCUUCUGUCACAGCCAACGCCUCCAGAGGCACGCACACCGAGUGUUCAAGACACCGAAUCCAGUCUCCCAGCUCCAUUGGAGCCCGCUCAGCUUACACCUACUUCUACACCAGCCACGCCAAUUCAGUCCACACAUUCUGUCAUACCGGAUGACAACGACGAGUUCAACACCGAGACCUCUGAUGCUUCGUCCACUGAAAGCUCUUCCGUGUUUGAGGAAGACACCACAUCCACAUAUACGGCUUCCUUGCUGUCUGAGGCAGAGGACUUCACGUACGAAAACGGAAGACGAUACCAUUCAUACCGCGAAGGCACCUAUGUGCUUCCAAAUGACGAGCCUGAGCAAGAUCGGCAGGAUCUCCUCCACCACGUCCGGAAUUUAGUUCUCCAUGGCCGACUCUUCCAUUCACCGUUGGAAAAGAACAUUCAAAGAGUCCUGGAUAUUGGCACGGGUACUGGGAUAUGGGCCAUAGAUGUUGCAGACUCGUUGGCCAGCGCUCAGGUCAUAGGAAUCGACUUGAGUCCGAUCCAGCCUGCUUGGGUGCCACCCAACUGUCGAUUUAUAGUUGAUGAUGCGGAGGCGGAGUGGCUAUACAGCAGAUCUCAGCCUUUUGACUUCAUUCAUGCCCGCGAUAUGGGCGGUGCUAUCGCUGAUUGGCCUCGGUUGCUGGCUCAAAGCUUUCAACAUCUUCGUCCCGGUGGAUGGAUUGAAUUGUGUGAAUUUGAGGUUAUGCUUCAAUCGGAUGACGACUCAAUUGCUCUCGCACCGACCUUGUGUGAGUUUCUCGGCCAUUUGGAUCAAGCCAGUGCCCGGUUCAAUCGGCCUAUGAAUAUCGCACAGCAUCAUCGACGGCAUUUGAUUGAGGCUGGUUUUGAAGAAGUUCGCGACAAAUUAUUUAAGGUGCCCUCGAGUACUUGGCCUACAGAUCCAUUGGAGAAAGAGAUUGGUAAAUACAACCUAUGCUCUCUGUUACUUGCAGUUGAAUCAUACUCGUUGGCCCUCUUCACUCGAGUCUUGGGAUGGUCCAACGAAAGAACUCAAGUGUUCUUAGCUGGGGUGCGUCAUGACCUCAAAAAUCCCAAUGUUCAUACUUAUUGCAACCUGCACGUCGUCUACGGUCGCAAGCCGUCACACCAGUAG